CCCAAAAAUGCCCUCCCACAGCUCCUGCCCCCCAGGCCCUGGCAGGGGGAGCCCCUGACUGCGCCCAAGACCCUCUGCUGCUUACUGAACCCCUCGGCCCUGGCCUGGCCCAGCACCCUUAACACGCUGCUCAGAGCAGCAUGUCAGAGGUUUACUGCGUUGUAUGCGAACCCACGUUCUGUCGGGUCACGUUAUAUUGGGGUAGAGGUGUACCAAUCUUGACCUUGUGGUAAAAGACAAAUUGCAGUGAUUCAGUAAGGGGGAAUGACCCUAUAAAAUCUUAUUGAUUCUCUUCUGGGCUACUCUAUGAAACUGCCAGUUGUGAUGGUCGUUUGUGGACUGAUGAUUUAUUUUUCUUAAAGGAUAUUGUCAUAUUUAGAAAUCUCCCAACAGAUUGUAUAAAACUGCUAAGUGGAGUCUGUGUAGUUCCAGAAUAUUUUUCAUGUUAAAAACCUAUGUUCAUAAUUUCCCUUGACGUAACAUGGCAGUUAACUGAAAAGAUAACUUUGGCAUUCUUUCCGUAACCAACAGGAAAGAAACUAGGCCUCUUUUCUACCUUCACGUCUCCCACAGGAAGCAACAUUAUAAUGGCAAAGUGGCAAAUUCUAGCACCCUAAUUCUGUCUUUACUAAAGCACAAGGUUUUGGCCUGAAGUUAGGUACAUACCUGCUCAAGCAUCAUUUCAACUGAUUAAACAAGCUUUUUAUUUAAAAGCAGAAGCAAUCAACAAAAUACUGUUCGGUUAGUGGCAAUGUAAACACCAUGGCCAAAGUUUGUGCUAUUUUUGGAGGAUCCAGAGGAAUUGGAAAAGCUGUUGCACAACUACUGGCAUGGAAAGGAUACCGCUUGGCUAUUAUUGCUAGAAAUCUGGAAGUAGCUCAAACUACUGUGAAUCACCUUGGGGCAGGUCAUAUGGCACUUAGCUGUGAUGUAGCCAUGGAACAAGAUGUCCAAAAUACACUUCAGGAGGUGGAGAAGAAUUUAGGUCAUGUUAAUUACUUGGUUAAUGCUGCUGGAGUCAACAGGGAUGGCUUGUUGCUGAGAACCACAUCUGAAGAUAUGGUAUCCCAAAUUAACACUAACCUUCUGGGAACAAUGUUGACAUGCAAAGCUGCUGUAAGACACAUGCUUCAACAGCAGGGAGGUGCUAUUGUUAACAUAGGAAGUAUUGUUGGACUCAAGGGCAAUUCUGGUCAGAGUGUGUACAGUGCCAGCAAAGCAGGGUUAGUUGGAUUUUCACGCUCUCUUGCUAAAGAAGUAGCAAGAAAGAAAAUUCGAGUCAACAUGGUUGCUCCAGGCUUUGUUCACACAGAGAUGACUGCACAUUUGAAAGAAGAUCAGUUGAAGAAAACUAUUCCUCUUGGAAGAUUUGGAGAGCCUGAUGAAGUUGCACAAGCUGUUGUCUUUCUUCUGGAGUCUCCGUAUAUUACAGGGCAUAUUCUAGUUGUAGAUGGAGGCUUGCAGCUUGUAAUUUAAAUACCACAACAGUACUUAUAAAAUGACAUGAAUGGAGAGAAAAAUAAACUUGGCUGAUGAA